AUGGCACCACCUGGCCCUCCCAACCGUGCGGGCCCCCUGGUACCGGAGCGUGUGCGUGAAGAUAUCGACCAUGACCGCAUCCAUGGCGGCGACUUGCAAAUCGUUCCCAACGAGCACGGUAACCGCAACAUCGACGUCCACGUCGCUGUCAUGUUCCAGGUCAAGCUGGACUUUAAGUUCGCCGCCUUCUUCCCACAAGAGAUCCGUGACACGGUCGAGCGUAUCUUCCACGACGAGCUGGUGCGUCAGCAGAACCCUCCCGCAGACCAGUCGCAGAAGGGAUAUGUAUACACCAUCAACGGGGGCAAGAUCAUUCGCAGCUUCCGACCAGCCCACUACUUCCGCGCCUAUGGCUACAGCGAGGAUGUGGAGAACGCUAAUGUCAAGCUCCUAAACCUCAUCAUGAGGGAAGAGCCCGAGAUGGUGCCAGUAUUUCGCCGCAGGAACUUUAUCCGGAUGGAGCAGGGGCUCGCGAGCCAGAAGGCAAAUCCAGAUAUCCUGCAGCAUCAUGCACUUCGCUACGGAGAUGCUGGAUGGAACGUCGACAAGCAUCACGGUCUUGCCAUUCUCUAUCCCAAGCCGGAACGGGAGGGGCAUACCCUUCGGGCCUACUUCGUCGAGCGGGUCGAAGUCAACCAGCCGGAGAAUGAGGUCGCGGACAGGGCUGAGGGGGAGGAGACUGAGGUCAAGGAGGACGAUAUGGAUGUGGAGCAAGGCUGA